AAUCAAAAGAGACAACGUUCUAGUUUCGAAGUGCUCGGCUUUUCGACGUCGGCUGCUACUGUUUCGCGCUGGGAGACAGCAUUUAAUCCAGUGAGUCGAAGUAAACAUGUGUUGUUAGAAGAUGGUUUAAAAACAUCUUGAGUAUCUUCGAGUCCAGCAUUCUUUCAUUUGGAAUAAAAUUUAUUCUGGAACUAUUCAAGUGAAAAUUAAACGGGAGUGCGAGAUAAAUUUUUUAAUUUAAAAAUACUUUUUUCCCCCAAGAAAUAAUAUUUUAGUUUUCGGGAUUAUAAAGGAAAAGUUUGAACCGACAGUAGGAAAUUUUUAGAUUAAAUUUUUCAGUUGAACAAGCAAUUCAUUGCCUGAAAAAUUUUCGUCAAUACUUAUAAGGAUAUCCAUACAGAAAUAAGAUUUUUGCUCUUAAUUCACUAUGAUGGCCGAUGAUGAGAUACUGUUUGAUGAUGUUUACGAACUUCGUGAAAUCAUUGGAAAAGGUCCUUUCAGCAAAGUACGGCGAUGUGUACACAGGACUACCGGUCAGCAGUUUGCUGUCAAAAUAGUCGACGUAGCUAAAUUUACUUCUUGUCCAGGUCUCAGCACUGAAGACCUAAAACGAGAAGCAACCAUUUGCCAUAUGCUGAAACAUCCUCAUAUCGUAGAACUUUUAGAAACUUACAGCUCAGAUGGAAUGCUCUACAUGGUGUUCGAAUACAUGGAAGGGGCUGAUUUAUGUCAUGAAAUAGUUAAACGAGCUCAUUCUGGUUUUGUUUACAGCGAGGCUGUAUCGAGUCACUAUAUGAGGCAAGUCUUAGAAGCUGUAAGAUACUGCCAUGAAAAUGAUAUCAUUCAUAGGGAUAUAAAACCUCAAAGUAUACUUUUAGCCACUGUUGAAAAUUCUGCACCUGUAAAACUUGGUGGAUUUGGUUCAGCUGUCAAAAUCAAAGGUGAUAAAUCUAUAACAGGAGGGGAGAAUAAUGUUCAUGAAUAUCGCUCAAAUAUCGGUACGAAUGGUCGAUUUUACUUGAAGUGUGAUGAGCUUGGGAGAAUAGGUACUUCUCAUUUCAUGGCACCUGAAAUAGUAUUGAGGCGACCUUAUGGAAAACCUGCUGAUGUUUGGAGUUGUGGUGUCCUUUUGUAUGUGUUGCUCACAGGAACUCUUCCAUUCUUAGGAACCAAGGAGUGGCUUUAUGAAUCUAUUUGUAGUGGCCAAGUCAAUAUGAUUGGACGACAGUGGGAUGUCAUUGGAGCUCACGCUAAAGAUUUGUUGAAUAAAAUGCUAGCUUUAAAUCCAAAAGAUCGUAUCACUGUAGAUGAAGCUCUGGAACACCCGUGGAUUAAAGAUAGAGAACUGUGUGCUCCAAAAGUUCAUUUACAAGAAGCUGUUGAAGAGCUUACUAAAUUUAACGCUAGAAGAAAAUUGAAGGGAGCUGUGAUAGCUGCUGUAUCAAGUCCCAAAUGGACAAAUUUUUAUUGUGAUACAAUGAACAACCAAAAUGAAAAUGCUGAUAAUAUUGAUUUGGAAGAAGUUACAUCUGCAGGAGCAGUGUCCAUGGUAUUGGAUAGCCUUGAUGACAUCCACUGCCUCACUGACUGUCCUGAACAUGAAAGAGAAUUUCUGAUGUCAGUUCUAGAUGACACCCAUCUCCAUGCACUGUUAGACUUAUAUGAUAGAAUUAAUACUCGUUCCUACAGUCCCAUCAAGUGCCCACCGUCCGAUGCCUUGGAAAGAGCCAAAGAAGUGCUUGCAGAAAUUGAAACUUGGCCCGACGAAAUGGAUCCGGACAUUCAAGAGCUUCGAGACAUCUUGUGCGACCCCCACUUCCGGGUGAGUUACAAUUUAAUUUACUGUUAAGUUUAUUUUUCGAUUUUAUCUUUUCGUCAUACAAAACUGCGUACUCCCUCUCUAUUUCAAACACUGUGAAGACGAGCUCUAAUAACG